GAGGAGUUUAUGCAUCUAAUUAUCUAACGAUGGCGACAGAUGCUACCACCUGUGGCAGGUGUCAAUGUUUUGUGCAUCAACGCCAUUUACAAUGUAGCGGCUAGAUGUAGUUAUAAAUCGACAUCGGCAUUAGUUUACUCAAAUUCAUUCAGGAGAAACCAGAAAUCGGCAGGAAAUUUUCGGCCAGUGGUCAGCGUCAACAGGGGCAGGUAGCUAUCCUUGCGACGGAUAGUGUCCAUGAGAGGGACAUCAGUGCCCAUGAGAGGGACAUCAGUGCCCAUGAGAGGGACAUAAGUGCCCAUGAGAGGGACAUCAGUGCCCAGGACAGUCAAUCAAAAAACUAUUAUUUCGCCCUAUUUCUUGGCUACAAAGCUCCCGAAUCCCAGAUUUUAUUUGACAAUACAAGCAGUUCUCGCGUGGGCAGUUCGUUUGGAGGACUAAUAUUUAAGCGAUGUUCUUCAAGUUUUUCCAGACAAGUUCCACGAAAAUUUUUAAGAACUUGUAGUGACCAAAACUGUCCAAGAAAAUCACUAGGUACUACAUGUGAACCAAGUUCUCAAGAGCUUUUAGAUACUGUCAAUAAACACAAGAAAUUCAUUGAAUCAUUCAAGCUUUUGGACUAUGUGCACAAUAUUUCAUACCUCACACAACACUUGAAACAGAGUCUGAAUGUUACUGGAUGUUCCAACCCUUCUUAUGAGAGCCUACAGGAAUCCUUUAAAAUUAGCCUGAGCAAACAUCGCUUAGAUCAAUCAGAAGCUAUGGACCGAAUUCGAAGACAGUCUAGUUUGCCGCCUCAGCCACUGAGUCAGAUUUUACGAAGCGAUGAGCCCAGAAAGCCCGCCGUUAGGACAGAACGCAAACUCUCCCCUAUAAAAAAACAGACGACGCUUUCAGAGACAGGGAAUCGUGGGCUCGUCAAGGUUCGAAAAACAGCAGGGAACCACGAGGAUGUCUAUGGGAACAUGGAAAAAGAACAAGGUGCAGAAAAGGCAACAGCGCAGAUGUUCCAUAUCAAGUUCUCGGAAAACAAUCUCUCGCGACAGAAAACCACUGACAGAUCUCUACCUUCUCCAACGGGCGAUAAUUCGGCGAGUUCACACGCGUCUUCCGAUGUCAGUUGUAAGAGGUUCCAUCUGCGUCACAGCACCCGUCAAGAGUCGACUGAUCAGGAUUUAGGCAACGCUCAUUAUGUAACGCCACUAAAACGAAGCCAACUAGAAGUCAAAGAACUCAGAAGCGAGGUCGCCCAGCUGUUACAGGAAAUCGAAGAAAAAAAAGCCGAGGUAGUGUCCCUUACCAGUAGCCUCGAGAAUGAGAAAGUAAAAUCUGUAGCUGAGCGAGAUAAAGAAAUUGAAGAAUUGAAAAGGAUUUUAAACUUAAUCGAACGACAGAGGGAUGAUUGCACGAAAGAAAUCAAUGCGCUUAAAGAAGAGCUCAGAAAAAUGGAUAAAAGAUAUUCGGAUUUAAAAUUGGAGUUUACCAAGAAUGAAGAAAAGUUUGAAAUCUACCUCUUGGACAUGUACAACAAGGGCCUAGAGGCGGCGCGGUUUGAACGGGAGGAGGAGCUAGAGAUGCUUGUCAAGGACGAUAAAUCAAGCGUGACGGUGAGGGAACUAACCCGCAAGCUGUCCCGCACUGAGGCACAACUGGCUAUGUGGCAAGGUCUCAAGUUAGGCGAGUCAUACACGAGUACAGAGCUACCCCACACAGAGGCCGAGGCGACCCUGAGCUUCUUGAGGGACUCCUUCUAUCACUUCUUAACUGAUCGUUCGGGCAGUGAGGAGCAUCUGCGCGCCAUGAUCAAAAUCUUGCACUACUCAGACGUCCAGCUGCUCAAAAUAUGGAGAGGUUUAGAGGAGUUUAAACAUUUGGAUCGGAAAAAAGUUUUGGAUAAAACAGAAAUCGUAGAGGGUGAGAGAAAAAAUAAUAAAAAGUUUAGAAAGCAAAUUACCAAGUAGAAAUUAGAGGACAGUUACGUCACCAAGUAGAAAUUAGAUGACAGUCACGUCACCAAGUAGAAAUUAGAGGGCAGUCACGUCACCAAGUAGAAAUUAGAGGACAGUCACGUCACCAAGUAGAAAUUAGAGGACAGUUACGUCACCAAGUAGAAAUUAGAGGACAGUCACGUCACCAAGUAGAAAUUAGAGGACAGUUACGUCACCAAGUAGAAAUUAGAGGACAGUCACGUCACCAAGUAGAAAUUAGAGGACAGUCACGUCACCAAGUAGAAAUUAGAGGACAGUCACGUCACCAAGUAGAAAUUAGAGGACAGUCACGUCACCAAGUAGAAAUUAGAGGACAGUCACGUCACCAAGUAGAAAUUAGAUGACAGUCACGUCACCAAGUAGAAAUUAGAGGACAGUUACGUCACCAAGUAGAACUUAGAGGACAGUCACGUCACCAAGUAGAAAUUAGAGGACAGUCACGUCACCAAGUAGAAAUUAGAGGACAGUCACCUCACCAAGUAGAAAUUAGAGGACAGUCACGUCACCAAGUAGAAAUUAGAGGACAGUCACGUCACCAAGUAGAAAUUAGAGGACAGUCACGUCACCAAGUAGAAAUUAGAGGACAGUCACCUCACCAAGUAGACAUUUUUAGGAAUCGAAAAUACCGUAAAGAACUAUUUCAAGUCACCGAGAAUCACUCAAAAUUUGAUAAAAUCAAGAAAAUAAAUUCUUACACCUCAGCAAAAAUUGCCGUUAACCAAAAUAAAACGAUACUAAAGUUAUCGUGUUAUCUAUCUA